AUGAAGCUUUCCUACGUUGCAUGUGCGCUUGUCGGCGCCUCCUCUGUAGCGGCUUCCAAUGUCUAUGAAUACGACGUGGGUUCACAGGAAAGCCAGUCUGUGUUCCUCCACAAUCCCCAGGAAACCCACAGCAUCGAUCAAGGCUUUGUGGCUGCGAGAGACAGCCCACCAAUCUCAGGAGAGGCGAGCUCUCUUACUACGACAUUCCCUACCCCCAGCCUCGCUGGCAACCUGUCCCGAGUUCUGAUGACACCGACAACCCGUCAAUGGAUCCCCGAGAUUGGCACUAGCAGCCAGAACACUACUUUUCAGCACCCUGCCUCCUCUCUUUGGUCUACUGUCAACAGUGAAGCCUAUCCAGCAACGACUCAAACCAUUCAUGAUUCCCAUAAGACGACUCAACAUGUGCCAACCACUCCCGCCAUACACCACACUCCAACACCAGUGUCCACAAUGACCACGGUGCCACCAGAGCUUCUUAUUCAGACUUUGACAGGUUCUGAAUGGAAGGAGAAUACCUGGAUCACGACGACUGGGUCUGACGGUUCUCCCACCCUGGUUCCUGUGAUUGUCGGAUGCCCUGGUUGCAAAGAUCGUAGCGGCGGGGGCUUGCUUCUCUGGAACCUUCCGCAAAUACCCAACGUAUCUUUCAAGUUUCCCAAUAUCCCCAAUCUACCUCAGUUCUUUCUACCAUGCGUAAAGAUUCUGUUUGUGGAGAUAGGAAACUGCCCUGGCCCCGUGACCGAGUCGACAGACGACGGCAAGCAGCAAGAUGAUAAGGAGAGCAAUUCACCAACUCCUUCGCAGACGCCAUCGAAAACCCAAUCAAAGACAACAUACUCCUCGGCAGUUUCCUCAACAGAAGGCUGUGAAGUCAUACGAACAGCUAGUCAUUGCGUAGCCACGUGUAGCCCAACAACGAUCGACCGUACUAGCACCGUUACCUGUUUCACAACAGCAUGUCACGCGACCAUCACAGGUUGCAGUGCCAGCGGGAUCACAUCUAGCACGACCAAGAUGCCAUGCCCAACCCACGACCAUGCCAACAACGUUGACAGACGCGACCUCGGAGGCGACAGCUGCCCAAUGAACUGCCCACAGUGGAGCCUCUACGACUGGAAAUCUUCUGAUCGUGUCGAGGAUGAUCAAUCCGACGCCGAGAAGAGAGAUUUUGCACUGGCUGGACGUAUCUUGGUUUCUCGUGCAGACAAAUCAAACGUGAGAAAGAUUGGAGAGUGUCGAAUCGAAACUGCAUGGCCGGCUGGUAAACCAGUGGCGACACCUGCAUAUGCCUCAGGCCCAGAGUUUCUAGAAGCUGACCAAGGCGGGUUCAUGAACGUCGAUGAAUCGAGGAGAAAAUCGAGCAUGGAAGUGCCGAGAUGGUAUAGCUUAAGGAGUGCUGAAGCACCGGCUUGCACUCCCUCGACUGUUACACUCAAUACACAAGAUAUGUAUAAUGUCAUGCAACGCUUGAAGAAGAGCGAAGAAGAGCACAAAGGCAAAAAAGACGAAUCAGCGUUUCUGUUCAACAAUCAACCCGACAGGCCUUCGUUGGAUCAUCUUUGGGAGAAGAAUUGGGCGACGGAUUUCUUGCUCAAAAGUGUCCUGGACGACGGCAACGCAGCUGCUCCUUUGGCUGACUCGCCAGGUGGCAAAGCUGGAAAGAUGAACUGCAAAGACUUCAAAGCCUACAUUUUUGGCUCUCAUGAAGAGGGGAAAAGAGGCACGCAAAACCUUAUCGCCAGUGUCUACAACGCAAUGCCCUCCAAGAACAACUUAGAAUUCGUUGGAAUGACUCAAGACCUCAACGAAAAGGCCAAAGGGCUCCUCUGGAAUCCGAGGAAUUUGAAUCCAGAAGUGGCUGCAAAUAUGAAAGAUGCUGCGAAGCUGCCCGUUGCCGCAGCCUUGAAGGAAUUAGAUAAGAAGAUGAACUUUUUGUUUACUAUGCAACAAGGAGUUUGGGUGAGCAACAUACCAAAAGCCGUUGAGCUUAUGCAGAGAACGAACAAUAGGGUGUACAACGAGUUUAUCAAAGCUGAUGAGAUUCUUGCAAAACAGAACCCUGAGGUGAAAGCUUUGACCCAAGAGGGAGGCUAUCUGAACCCACGCUUUCGGCAGCACAUGGACAAUUUUCUCAACAACCCAGAAACAGGCAUCAAAGCACUCGUCAUCAACUCUGCGGACUCGAUCAAACAGGUUAUCGCAACUGGGUUUGAAUCACUCAAUGAACGAGCUGAGCGUAUUUCUAAGGCCGGUCUCACUCAGGACUUUGAGAUAGGAAAGAAGAAGUGGGAGUACCUUCGCAACCUACCCCGUUCGACAUGGGAGCUACAAAUUUCAUGGUCAUGGCUGAGGUGUGACGCCCUUUCCCGAAGAGAUGGGGAGGAGUUCGGUGCGUGCCACUUCGCACCGCCGACGUCAAUACCUCCGGAAUCGACCAUCACAUCGUCUCUUGCACCAACCGAGACCAGCCUCCCGACCGAUGCCAACACCUUCACAACCACCUCGUCAUCUGCUUCGGAGAUAAUUACAGAUCCAGCUGGCUCAUGCACAAGAGAUGAAGAGUGCAGAAGCAUACAAUGUUCUGAUGGAUCUUUGGGUGCCUGCUUGGCUUUGCCGUUGGGGCGAGGUAACGUUUGUGGCUGUCAGCCUCUAAAAUGGGAGACUUCUACGUUGUCAUACGUAUCGACGGCAUCUACUGAAACACAACCGCAGACAACGCAUACAUCGAUGAAGACCCCUCCGCCAAAGACUUCGCUACAGAGCAAGCCUUCUUCAACCACAGCCGUCCCACCACGUUGGACUCAGAGUUGCAACCCGGGGGGACUGCGGUUCGACAAGGAUGCCGCCACUGGUUUUGUCGAAGAGUAUUGUAAGAAAGCCACCUGGGAUGACAAAUGGUUCGGCGCUGCUACAGACGGGAAGAUGGUCAAACAGAAGGGCAUCUCGGUAUGGGAAAACCAGAACGAUGACAAGGUGUCGUCUUUCAGGUUCAUCAUUCAUGCCGUCAAGCCUGCGAACGAAGGCAACAGGAAAGCAUGGUGUGACACCGAAGGAAAAGGGUCCCAGCUGAACACUGCUCUGGAGCUACUACAGUCGGACGAUGGUGUCCAGGAAUGUCGGAAGCAGUUGCAAGAGUUGAUCAAGUGCCGACCGGAUGCCAACAACGCCGAUAGGCCUUCCGGAGGAACUCGCGCCGGUCUCUGUCUUCAAUGGACCCUUCAGGUAACGAGGGAUGAAGUGUGA